CUCCUUCUCCUGGGUCUGAAAUGACUGUGGAAGAAGGGGAGCAGGCACUCGCAGCUUGACUGAAGGUGCAGGGAGGGAUAGUGACUGAAGAGGACCGGGGGGAUGUCUCCAGGACAGGCGAACACAGAGAAGACAUGCAGGUGUGUGUAUUAAACGCAUAAAAAAAGCGAAAGGAGAAGGUUUGCAUCUGCAUGAAGGACCACGAGAAGCAUCUUUCUGCACUCAUUUGGAAGGAAGCGAUGCUUUUAAGGACACUAUUUAUCUACCUUAACUCCUGAAGAAGAAGUUGACUGUAUUCGCGCCACUCCUCGCCAUGUGCAGACUGUCAUGGACUUGUUGCUUCCUGGCGCUGUGCGCCCUGGACGUUUGGACCGCCGCUCAGCCGAACCCCCGCCGCUCCGGACACUUGUCGUCCUCGGGCAACCUGACGGAGAGCGCCGAGAAGAAGGUGGCCCGCCUCGGCCUGGCGUUCAAGCGCAACGUCCGCGAGCUCCGCGACAAGAGCGCCUGCAUGGACCUGGUCUUCCUGGUGGACGAGUCGUCCAGCGUGGGCGCUAACAACUUCCGCAGCGAGCUGCGCUUCGUGCGCAAGAUGCUCUCCGACUUCCCGGUGGCGGCGGAGAACACACGCGUGGCCCUGGUCACCUUCUCGUCCAAGACCCACGUGGUGACGCGGGUGGAUCACAUCACCGCGCCCAAGCCGCACCAGCACAAGUGUUCGCUCUUCAACAAGGAGAUCCCAGCCAUCACUUACCGAGGAGGGGGUACUUACACCAAGGGAGCCUUCCAGCGGGCGGCGCAAAUCCUGCGUCAUUCCCGCGCAAAUGCCAGCAAGGUCAUCUUUCUGAUCACCGACGGCUACUCAAACGGCGGAGAUCCUCGCCCGGUUGCGGCGGCUUUGAGGGAGCGCGGUGUGGAGAUCUUCACGCUGGGCAUCUGGCAGGGGAACAUCCGAGAGCUGCACGAUAUGGCCUCUCAGCCCAAAGACCAGCAUUGCUACUUGGUGCACAACUUUGCCGAGUUUGAAGCACUGGCUCGCCGAGCAUUGCACGAAGAUCUCCCCACAGGCCUGUACAUCCAGGAGGACCUGUCCCGCUGCUCCUCCUUGUGUGAAGCCGGCCGGGAAUGCUGCGACGUGAUGGCCAGCUGCAAGUGCGGAACACACACAGGACAGUACGACUGCAUCUGUGAGAAGGGAUACUAUGGAAAGGGUCUGCAGCAUGAGUGCACAGCAUGCCCACCUGGUACCUACAAACCAGAGGGAGCGCCAGGCGGUGUGAGCACCUGCCUUCCAUGCCCGGACCAGCAGCACACCUCCCAGCCCGGCAGCACCUCCCUCAGUGAUUGCAUCUGCAAAUCUGGCUACCAGCAAGUGGGCGUGACCUGCCAGGUGGUUUACUGCCAUCCGCUUCCUCCUCCACAAAAUGGCUUCUUCAUCCAAAACGUAUGUAACCAUCACUUCGACGCGGCCUGCGGCGUCAAGUGCCAGCCGGGGUACGAGCUCCACGGAACGGGCAUCAGGCUUUGUCAGGCUGACGGCACCUGGUCGGGCUCACCUGCCACGUGUAAAGCACGUUCCUGCCCACCCCUCACAAAGCCACAGCACGGCUCCCUUAAGUGCGUAAAUAGCAGCAGCUCCUACAGGACGGAGUGUCAGGUGGGCUGCGACCGAGGCUACAGAAUAGAGGGGGCCCCCAGGAUGGCCUGCCUGGCCAACUCCCAGUGGAGUGGACCCCUCCCUCGGUGUGUGGAGGUGCGUUGUCCACCCAUCGGCGCGCUGAAGAACAUCCUGUUGUCCCCCCCUGCCUGUAUAAGAAGGGCGGCGUCUCCGGGAUCUGUCUGCUUGCUCACCUGCCGCCAAGGCUACAGCCUCCACGGACACAGAAAGGCAGUGUGUCUUGGGUCUGGGAACUGGACGGCGAAUGUCCAUAAGGCAGUCUGCAAAGAUACUGAGCCACCAUGGAUACAAUGCCCAGAGAGUAUUGUUGCAGAGACAGAUACCCGACGCAAUACCGCUCACAUUAACUGGAGUGCCCCAAAUGCCACCGACAAUUCCAAAGAGGAGGUGGCUGUGCAGGUGAAACCAGUGUACACCCCUCCGCAACUAUUCCCCAUUGGAGUGGAGACCAUCACCUACUUUGCCGCAGACCGCUCCGGGAACCAGGCCAACUGCUCCUUGACGGUCACUGUCAUUGAUACCGAGCCCCCAGUGAUUGACAGGUGCAGGUCGCCGCCCACAGUGCAGGUCUCAGGAGACACGGAGACGGCGGUCGUUUGGGAGGAGCCGCAGUUUUCCGACAACUCAGGUGGCCGCCUCUCAGUGACAAGCAGCCAUCCUCCAGAUUCACUGUUCCCUGUAGGAGAGACUGUUGUCCAGUACACCGCAACUGAUGCUGCAGGAAACAGCCGUACUUGUAACCUCACAGUCACUGUACGAGGCACGACUUGUGAGCAGCCAUAUGUCCCCAUAAAUGGAGAGUUUAUCUGCUUGGAGGAGGAGAAAGGUUUCAAUUGUACCUUGCACUGUAAGCCAGGUUACAGUUUCACUCAGGAAGCAGUGCACAGCUACUUCUGUGCUCACAAUGGUUUGUGGGAGCCACCCUACUCUCCUGACAGACCCGACUGCUCAGUGAACCGAGUGGCCAACAACGGGCUAAAGCCCUUUGAGAUGCUGUUUAAAGCCUCUCGCUGUGAUGACGUGGACCUGGUCAAGUCAUUUACUGGACACUUUAACUCUAAACUUGGAAGCAUGCUGCCAAAUAUUUGCAGCGGGGAUAAUGUCACUUGCAAACUGGAGGUGAUGUCACAAGGUCACUGUCUGGAGUACAACUAUGACUAUGAGAAUGGAUUUUCCAUAGCACCAGGAGGUUGGGGUCGUCAGGGCGCACAAGACUAUGCAUACUUUGAGUCAGGCUUUGCCACGGGUGCCCGCAAGCAGGACAGCCGUACAGAACCACGGCAUCGCAGCAAGAGGCACAGAAAGAUCCAGGGCCCCACCAGAGACCAAAAGAUACAGAUCUUUUUCAACAUCACAGCAAGCAUCCCUCUCCCGUUGUCGAGGAACGAUUCCAUUGAGGUGGCCAAUCAGCGAAGGCUCCUUCGAACCCUGGAACAGCUCACUAAUCGUCUGAAGCGAACGCUGGCCAGGCAGCCGCUUUCCAGCUUCCACGUGUCGUCGGAGAUGAUUGUCGCAGACCCCAAAUCACUGGAGAGCAGGAAGGCCUUGCUGUUCUGCAGACCUGGCUCUGUGCUGAAAGGAAGAAUGUGUGUCCAAUGUCCAGUGGGAACGUAUUUCUCUCUGGAAUAUAAUGAGUGUGAAAGCUGCUGGCUGGGCUCCUACCAGGAUCAGGAGGGUCAGUUGGAGUGUAAAUCCUGCCCUGAGGAGACGUCCACUGCCUACCUGCACUCUCGCAGCAUAGCCGAAUGUAAAGGACAGUGUAAGCCUGGCAGUAACUCUCUGAAUGGCUUGGAGAUAUGUGAGUCAUGUCCACUGGGUCACUUCCAGCCCAGUUAUGGUGCCAGAGAGUGUCUGGUCUGUCCUGACGACACCUCCACCGUCACCAGGGGAGCUGUGGACGAGAUGGAGUGUGGAGUCCCAUGUUCGUCAGGUCAUUUCUCCCGCACUGGCCUGGUUCCCUGUUAUGCUUGCCCGAGAGAUUACUACCAGCCUGAUCAUGGCCGAUCUUAUUGCCUUUCCUGUCCUUUCUAUGGAACGACCACGAUAACGGGGGCGACCACCAUCCAGCACUGCUCCAGUUUUGGCUCCAGCUUCCUCCCCAAAGAAGAGAGUGUAACUGCCGCUCCAGAGGUGGAGGUCAGCAAAGACUACCAAGCUAGCAGCCAGGUUUUCCAUGAAUGCUUCCUGAAUCCCUGUCAGAAUAAGGGAACGUGUGAGGAGGUCGGGGUUGGCUAUGUUUGCACCUGCAUGCCUGGUUUCACAGGUGCGAAGUGUGAGAUGGACGUGGAUGAGUGCGAUUCCACUCCAUGUUUGAAUGGAGGCCAGUGUAAGGAUGGGAUGGGAGAAUUCCAGUGUGAGUGCAAGCCCGGAUAUUUAGGCUCUCUGUGCGAGGCAGAAGUGAACGAAUGUCUUUCGUCCCCCUGCCUAAACGAAGGUGUGUGUGUGGACGAGGUCAAUAAAUUCACGUGCAGUUGUCAUGGUGGCUUCACAGGACCUCGUUGCGAACUGGAAAUAAAUGAAUGUAUAUCCAAUCCCUGUGAGAACGGCGGCGCAUGUGAGGACCUGAUGGGCAGUUAUGCUUGCAACUGUGCCGUUGGCUUCUCCGGGGAACGCUGCGAGGUGGAUGUGGAUGAAUGUUACAGCACACCAUGUCUUAACGGCGGCUCGUGCCUGGACGCUGUCAACGAUUUCAGAUGUCACUGUCCGGAGGGCUACCGGGGUCAACUUUGCGAGGUGGAUGUGGAUGAGUGUGACCCCAACCCCUGUGUGAACGGGGCCAGCUGCAUGGAUGGUGUGGGGUCCUACACAUGCCGCUGCCUCCCUGGGUUUAACGGAACCAGGUGUGAGACAGAGAUGUCUUCUGCCUUCAAUUUGGACUUUGAGGUGUCAGGUAUCCAUGGUUACGUAUUGAUGGACGGAGUGAUGCCGACGCUCACGGAGAUCACGUGCACCUUCUGGAUGAGAUCUUCAGACGGCACCAAUUAUGGCACGCCCAUCUCCUACGCUGUGGAGGGCAGCGACAAUGCGUUUCUUCUCAUAGACUACAAUGGAUGGGUGUUGUAUGUCAACGGCAAGGAGCGGAUUACCGAUUGCCCUGCAGUGAACACGGGCAGCUGGUACCACAUCGGGGUGUCCUGGAGAAGCUGGGAUGGAGACUGGAGGAUCUACAUCAACGGGAAGCCCUCAGAUGGAGGCAAAGGCCUGUCGGUUGGCACCAGUAUCCCAGGUGGAGGAGCUCUGGUGUUGGGUCAGGACCAGGACCAGAGGGGUGAGGGCUUUAACCCUGUUGAAUCCUUCGUUGGCUCCAUCAGCCAGCUCAACAUCUGGGAUCGGGUCCUUACAACCCAGCAAAUCAAGGUGCUUGCGAGCAGCUGCCCAGAUUCCCAUGUUACCCACAGAGGAAAUGUUCUGGCCUGGCCAGACUUUCUCAGUGGAGUGGUGGGCCGGAUUAAAGUCAACCUCAGUAGCAUUUUCUGUGCUGACUGCCCCCAGCUGGAAAAUGUUGUGCCUCACCUCCACUCCUCCAACGUGGAGGUGAGCCCAGGCGCACAAGUCCAGCUCUCCUGUGACCCCGGCUACUACCUGGUGGGGGAGCCAGUGCUACAUUGUCAAAAUAAAGGAGAGUGGAGCCACCCUCUUCCCAGCUGUGAACGUGUUUCCUGCGGGUCUCCUCGACCUCUGGAGAAUGGUGUGUUUGAUGGCAUGGACUUUUAUGCCGGUGGUUCGGUCACCUACCAGUGUAACGUUGGCUUUUACCUGCUGGGGGACGCCAAGAUGCACUGCGCCAAUAGCGGCAAGUGGGGAGCCAAUCCACCGGCCUGUCUUGAUGUGGACGAGUGUGCCCUGGGAUCGGACUGUGACCGCCACGCAAGUUGUCGGAACACUGACGGCUCAUACACCUGCACCUGCAUCCAUCCAUACAGUGGAGAUGGCAAGAACUGUACGGAGCCGGUCAAGUGUGACAACCCCGGGUCUCCUGACUUUGGCCGCAGAGAUGGAAACAGCUUCCUAAUGGGCAGCAAAGUGGUCUUCAGCUGCGACAAUGGCUAUGAGCUGAUUGGCUCAUCCUACCUCCAUUGCCUGGAGACAGGAAGCUGGGACGGUCCUAUCCCCUACUGCAAAGCACUCUCUUGUCCCACGCCAUCCGUUCCAGAGAAUUCCAUCAUGAAAGGUAGCAACUUUACCUUCGGUAGCAGGGUGACUUUCAGCUGCAUAAAAGGUUUCCUUCCUCAAAUCCCAUAUGAGUUCCAGUGUCUUUCCAGUCUGAAGUGGAAUGGGUCGCCACCUGUCUGCCACCCAGUGUCCUGCGGGGGGCCGCCUUUUGUUCACAACGCCCAUUACACCCUCACCUCCAACACAUACCGGUCAGCUGUAUCAUACUCCUGUGCUGAAGGGUACAGACCACAGGGUACAAUGGAAGUGGUUUGUGAAGAUACAGGGGAGUGGAGCAGGCCCUUCCCCCGCUGUGUGGACAUCCUUUGUGGUGACCCCCCUCCCCUGAGAGAUGCUGUAAUUGUGGGAGAGAACUACGAACUGGGGGAUAAGGUGAACUAUGUCUGCAAAGAAGGCUACACUCUGAUUGGCUCCGAGACCAGAGAAUGUCUCGCAAACGGCCAAUGGAGUGACAACUCUGCUCAGUGCGUGCCCCGGUCCUGUGGACCCCCGCCUGCCAUUGACCACGCCGAGCCAUAUGAGAGCCACCAGCUGUUCGGAGACACGGCAAACUAUUACUGCACUGACGGCUACACUGCAGGCAACAACUCCAAGAUGAUGUGUAACGCCCACGGGGUCUGGGCGCCCCCGGAUGGAAUGGAGGCCCCGCGCUGCAUCGCAAAUUUCUGCCUCCGCCCGCCUGAGCUCCCCCAUGCAAUUUUAGACUCAGUGAACAAACCUAAAUACCUGAGCGAAUCUGAGGUCAGCUACAAAUGCGAAGAAGGCUUUAUGCUCAACACCACAGCGACCCUGCGCUGUCGGAUGGGGGGGGAGUGGGAGCCUUCACCAUACGGUAUCAGCUGCGUACCGGUCAGAUGCUCCAAGCCAGCCAGAAUUGAUUGGGGCUACGUGAGCGGAACCAACUACAGUUUUGGUGCAGUUGUGGCGUACAGCUGCGAUAAGGGAUUCCUGAUCCGAGGGGAGAAGAGGCGGACCUGCAAAGCCAAUGGAGAGUGGGGCGGAGCUUUGCCUAGCUGCGUACCUGUGACCUGCUCUUCUCCACCUUCGCUCAAGAACGGCUACAUACAGGUCAGAGGUCGAUUCACCUUCAACAGCAAGGUGAUAUAUUCCUGCAACGCUGGCUACAGAUUGCUUGGUAGUGUAGAACGAGUUUGCCAAGCCAACCGCCAGUGGUCCGACAAUGACCCUCCCAUCUGUGUCCUUAUGACCUGUGACCCUCCUCCCAGCAUUGCACACGGACGCUACAGAGGCUCUGACUUCCAGGUGGGUCGCAAAGUGGAGUACUCCUGCGACGAGGGCUACGAGCUCGCGGGAGAUGCCAUCUGGACCUGUCUUAAGUACGGAAGGUGGGACAAGUCCAGGCGCCCGCGCUGUUCACCUGUUCAGUGUCCAGAGCCGCAACUGGAGGAGAACCACCUGGUUCUGAAGAGUCUAGACUCUGCAUCUGGAACAGUGGAGUUAUCAUGUGAAGAGGGCUUCUUUCUGGAGGGGGCACAGAUCCUCCGCUGCAUGCCCUCCCAGGAGUGGAAUGACACCUUUCCUUGGUGUAAGCAGGUGACCUGUGGACCCCCGCCGGAUGUAUCAUUUGGUGGCCCAUCUUCAUCUCCUCCAACUUUUAUUUUCAACUCUGUGGUGACCUACAAGUGCAUGGAUGGCUUCACUUUAAGAAAAGAACGUACUGUGUCCUGUUUGUCCAACGGGCAGUGGAGCAUUCCAUACCCAGAGUGUAUUCCAGUUGAAUGCCCUCAGCCUGUGGAAAUUUCUAAUGGCAUCGUGGACGUUCAGGGUCUGAUGUUCCUUAGCAAGGCGCUGUACAGCUGUAAGACUGGUUAUAAUUUAGUGGGGAACUCCACUGUGCUUUGCGGGGAGAAGGGACUUUGGAUCGGAGGGGUACCUUCAUGCCGCCCAGUUGAAUGCUCACCCCCCCGACAGACUCCAAAUGGAAAAGUGGUUUUCACAAAGCUUCAGUUUGGUCACAGUGCUAUAUAUUCGUGCCACCGUGGUUACCGCCUACAAGGCCCGGAGACUCUUAAGUGCUUAGCAGGUGGGGAAUGGGAUGUUGAGCCUCCUGUAUGUGUGCAAAUAUCUUGCACCCCACCCCAACCCAUUGAAAAUGGCUUUGUAGAAGGUCAGGAUCACGGUUUCGGUGUCACCAUCUUCUACAGCUGUUUCCCUGGCUUCCAGCUCGUCGGCCAAGACCACCUCACUUGCGAGGAGUUUGGAUGGUCAAGUACUGUUCCCGUCUGCGUGCCCUCCGACUGCGGCCUGCCUCCUCAUAUAGAUUUUGGCGACUAUGUUCGGGUGACGAAGCAAGGAGGAAGCUUUCCUAGCGACUUGAGCUUCCUCCAGGGGGCACUAAUAGAGUACCGGUGUCAUGGAGGUUAUGACCUCACAAGUCCCAUUUGGUUGGUGUGUCAGGAAGAUGGCAGCUGGAACGGGACCGCUCCAUCUUGUGUGCCAGCAGAGUGUGUGACACCCCCGUAUCCAGAGCAUGGCCGGGUAAACGUAACAGACACCUCCAUUGGCAGCACAGUCACAUACACCUGUGAGGAAGGAUAUGAGCUCGAAGGUGAUCCGGUGAGGCAGUGUUUAUCAGGUCAACUGUGGACUAAUGAUGCACCAGUUUGUCGCCCUGUUUCCUGUGGUGACCCAGGGCCUUUAACCAAUGGCACAGCACAUGGCGAUGCCUUCGUGUACCAUGAAAUCCUCCACUACAAGUGUAAUCCUGGCUUUGUCAUCAAAGGUAGUGAUAGUAUUGUUUGUCAGGCAGAUGGGAAAUGGAAUGGAGAGAAACCUCAGUGCAAGUCAGUGUCCUGUGGUCCCCCUAAACUCCCCAGUGAUAUCACUUUCAAAGGCAAAGAGUAUGUCUACAACCAGGAGAUUGAACUCAUAUGCAAGCCUGGUUAUAUCAUUAAAGGCAAGUCUGCCAGUGUUUGUCAGGCUGACGGCACCUGGAGCCAUGAUUCCCCUACCUGCGUACCUGCCGACUGUGAGAAGCCAUCUCCAGUGUCUAAUGGGCAAGUUUUGGGGUCAGAGUUUGGCUUCAACGGUAAGGUUAAUUAUAGAUGUGAUGAAGGAUUCACUAUGACUGGAGAUUCUACACGUGUUUGUCAGUCGGAUGGGCUUUGGGAUAAACCAGCACCUCGCUGUGAUAUCAUCAGUUGCGAUCCACCCGAGGACAUCAGCCAUGGUUUCCUCAACGGCUCAAGCUUCAACUACGAUGACAUAGUGGAGUAUGUCUGCUUUGACGGUUAUGAAGUUGUUGGGGACCCUGUCCUGCGGUGCUCCGCCCAAGGGUUCUGGAUAGGCACUGUCCCUCAGUGUCGACCCUGCGUCUGUGUCUCCCCCGUUUUGAAAUUCGGAGUGGUGCUCGGCCGCAAUCGUGCCUGCGGUGACAGAAUUCACUUCCAAUGUGAUGACGGAUACAAGCUGCUCGGCCCUGCUCAGGCUGUGUGUGAGAAGGGUGGUGUGUGGAGCCCCGGGGUGCCUGUGUGUGGCCGCGGGAGGUGCACUGUCGCCCCGCCAACAGUACCAAACACUGUACUGCAGGGCGGCAGUGCCACCUUCCCAGACACCGUAAUGUACAGGUGUAGACCGGGCUACGAGCCAAGGGGGUACCCACACAUCUCCUGCGGAAAGGAUGGUCGAUGGGGUGAGCCAAGGAUCACCUGCAACCCUGUGAGCUGUGGAAAACCUCCUGCUGUUGCCAAUUCUCAAGUGCAAGCAGAGGCCUUCACCUUCCCAAACACGAUCACAUACAGAUGCGAAGAAGGGUACGUGCUUGCAACACGAACGGCUACUUUGUCCUGCCUCAGUGACGGGACUUGGUCCAAGCACAGCAUCCGUUGCCGCGCAGUUCCCUGCAAGCUUCCUGCUAACCAUUCCAUUCCUCAUCUGGUCGUCACUGGACAGGAGCUCACAUUUGUUGGCAGCACUAUCACCCUGUCCUGUCAUGCUGGAUUCUACUUGCAAGGCUCUGCUCUGGCGGAGUGUCAGCUUGGUGGACACUGGGCUCCAAGCAUCGCAUCUGUUUCAUGUGAGCUGGUGGUGUGCGAAAAGCCCCCUGUGCUCUUGCAUGGUGUGACCGAAGGGAAGAGCUACAACUAUGGAGACUUUGUCAUGUACUCCUGCCUGCCUGGCUUUGAACUCAAGGGGGACUCUGUCCAGACCUGCCAGGCAGACAAAGCAUGGAGUGGCAGUCAGCCAGUGUGUGUUGCACAGUCCUGUGGGCCUCCUCCACCAGUGAAAAACGCACAGGUGCAAGUGACAGGGGACAAGUACUUGCAUAACGCCAGCUUUGCGUGUGAUGCCGGCCUGCAGCUGGUUGGCCCAAAGACACUCGUCUGUUUGGCUAAUGGGACGUGGAGCCUCCCAGCGCCUACCUGUGAAGUGUCUGAGGGCUGCGACGGUCCCAAACAGAUGAUGCAUGGAAAGGUGCAGGAGCACAACCUGACCACUGGGCGCGCCCUGGAGUUCAAUUGCGAUAAAGGCUAUGACCUGGUGGGAGACUCCCUAGUGAUGUGCAUGGGGGGCAAAACCUGGAGCUCCAGCUUCCCCUCUUGCCAACCCAAGGCGUGCCCGACUCCUCCAGGCUGGAGGGAGACAGGCGGUAGGAGCGAAGCCCGCAAGUUCUACGUAGGCCAGUCAAUGCGGGUCAGCUGCCCCAAAGGCCAGCAGGUGAGAGGCAGUGGAAGCAUCACCUGCAGACCCGACCAGACCUGGAGCUCCAUCAGCACUGUCUGUGAGAGGGUGUCCUGUGGCCCCCCCCUCCACGUGGCCAACGGGGUGGUGCGGGGGGCGGUGUUCCAGUUUGGGGACGUGGCCGUGUACUCGUGUUUUGGCGGCUACGCCAUGGAAGGCAUCGGAAGGAGCAGGUGUUUGGAGAACGGUACCUGGACGCCGCCCCCCACGUGCAGAGCGGUGUGUUGGCUGCGGUGCCAGAACGGAGGUGUGUGUCAGCGGCCCAACACAUGUGCCUGCCAAGAAGGUUGGAUGGGUCGACUCUGUGAGGAGCCCAUCUGCAUCCUGCCAUGCUUGAACGGAGGGCGCUGCGUGGCACCCUACCAGUGCAUCUGCCCCUCCGGGUGGGCGGGCACCCGCUGUCACAGUGCGGUGUGCUCGUCGCCUUGUCAGAACGGAGGCCGGUGCAUCAGGCCCAACAGAUGUCACUGUAGUCCAGGUUGGAGCGGGCACGACUGCUCCAGGAAACGGCGGUCAGGAUACUAUCACUUUUAACUGUUCUUGUCCUCCACAUGAAUCAUCAUGCAAAGGGGGAAUCUGUUACUGACCCUUCCAAAUCAUCUCUUCCAAAAUGUUUUGUAAAAUAAAGCUGUAUUUUUUCAUAUAAAAAAGAACCAACAGUAUUAAACAUAUGCUGCUAUGUACUUGUACGAUGUGUAAAAAUGAUGUGUUUGUCUGGUGUAUGUAUAAACUAUUUUUUUUUUUUUUUUUAUUAAAAGCAUACAAUGCCA